GUUGAUUUGUUUCUUCAAGAAAUACCCGCGAACCGAACAUCACUCCAUCUCCAAAUCGAAAUUCUCCCUCUGCUGUUCGCGAGCAAAUCAGGAGACAGUUCUUAUCUGCUUCCCCAAACUUGGAAAUAGUUGUCAAGGGUUUGUUUCCUUGAUGUUUACAGCCCAAAUCGAACUACUGCCCUCUCUGACGUCCGCGCGCAGUGUAUCCUCACGAACGAAGUCACUACCUCAGGCCGCCUCACGCCCAACGAUUUCCUUGCAAUUUGAUCUGGUACUUGAUACCCUAUUUGAAUUAAAUUAGUGCAUUGUGGUGGUUGAACAUAAGAUAGCAGCAGGCUCUUGCUUUGGUCAUGGCACAAUAUUAUGAUAUUGAUGAUAUUCUAGCAGAUGAGGAGCUUGUUCCAGCAGUAUUCUUGGAGGCAAUAAAUGGAGUUGGUUUGUUUGAAUCAAAUGACACGAACAGGGUAGAACCUAGGUCGAAGGUAGAAUUGCCAUUCUGGCUUGCUCGAGAACUACACCUGAGACAGGCAGCAUCGGUCAGCAUCCCUCCAUGUUUCAAUAAAAAAACACGGGAAGAAAUAGGGGCUGAUGGUGCACACGUUGACUUAAGAACUCGAUGCUCAUAUUUUUAUGAGUUAGGGUGCAAGAUAGUGCAAUUGAUUGGUGACAAAACCAUUGGAUCUCUACUCUUGGUUGCUUUCCAGACAAGGUACAAGGAAGUCCUGAUUAAGGCACAUACUGCAGCAUCUGCUCUGACCCCCAAAUUCUUGUCGCUAUUAACAAAAGAAGAAACAAAAUUGUACGAUGCUGCUAAGUCGUCAACUGCAGCAUUUAAGACUUGGCGAAUGGGUGGACCAAGAUUUCAAAAAGCUUCUGUUCUUGGUAGAAAGAGGAAACCAAUCGGCGAGUAAGUCUUCUACCAUCUGAGUGCACUGUGUUGUUCUAUAACCAUUCUAGUGAACCAUGUGAGCUAUUGGGUUAGUCUCUCUUCAAAGCCAAGUGGCUUGGCCCUGGUGUAUAAUUUAAAGUUGUUAGGUAGUCACAAACAGAAUGGGUUGUGUUGUUUCAUUUUAACUAUGAAGUUUAACUGUUGAAAUUUUACUCCUGCCAA